AGCACAGCUGGUUUGGGCCGGUGCGAGGGUGGAGACCGGCUGUUUGCUGGGCUGGCUGAGGUCGGUCAGCACUCAGUACAGACCUCGCAGGCUUCUGAAUGGAGGAGGAGAAAGUCCAGUUGGUGGAAGGCAGACUUUCCGUGGACUCCCAGCCUCCAACGUCAGGACCAGCCGUGAACUCGCCUUCGACAAAAUCCCGAGGGCCGUGGGGCACCCCGAAUCACCAUGGGCAAUGAGAACAGCACCAGCGACAACCAGAGAACUUCAUCAGCUCAGAGCCCAGGAUCUCUUCAGCCACCUGGAAGCAGUCAGGAUACACAGAGGAAGCAGGUGGACAUACCCAGAAGCCCUGGCCACAGGGACUUGUUCAGCACUGGGCUCGGAGGCUCCUGCUCCACUUCUGAGAGUGCCGCCGGCCCGGAUCCCUGCAUCGCAUCCCCAGAGGUGACCGAGCCAAGGAAGCGUCCACAGGAAGCCAAGGGGCUGGAAGGUUCUGUGCUGCCCAGCCCGCCGCUGCCCUGGGAGCAGGAGUGGCCCGCUAUGCCGUUCGCCGAGGGCCCCUCGGAAGGUUGCUCUGCCAGGCCAGCAGCAGCACCUGAAGAUGGUCCCCUCGCUCAGCUCCCCAGGAGGGGACCUUCCCCGAGUGCCCCAGGGGAUGCUGGGACAGCCUUCGCCCUGGAGGGGGACAGCCCUGCUCCGCACAUCGUGGCUGCCAUCGUCCCCAGCGCUGGGAGAGAGAGCGAGCUGGAGGAUGCAGAGGGACAAAAGACCUCUUCCUCCAGCUGUGUUGAGCAGUUGCCUGGAAACUCCCCAGUGCCUCCCGGAGAGCCGGGGAAGGGCCAGCUGUGUGCAGAGGGAGACCGGCCUGCAGGCUCACAGGGUGCGGAGUUCAGGCAGGGCGUGGCACCUGCUGCAGCCCAGCCAGGCGAGGAGCGCCAGGAGGAGUCGCCCCUCAAACCAGAGGCCCUGCCCCCACCAGGCCCCUCCCAAAGAGCCUCAGACGGAGACAAAUGCCAAGUGCAGGACUCACCUCGGGGUCUAGCUGAUAGCUUGGAAUUCCUCGAGAGGGGCCACCGCUUUCAGAGUAACUCAGAGGCUUCCCGAGAAGCCGGAGGGGAGGCCGAGCUCCAGGGAGGCUGCCAGCAGCCACCCAGGGACCACUUGCCACACACAGAGCUGCCCCGGGACACGCCGAGCCCUGCCCUGGCAGCAGGGGCCGGUGGCUCUUGGACGGAAACUCUGGACACCAGCACGGCUCAAGGUGAUUUGCGGACAGGGACAGGGGGACUUGAGCCAGAGAACGCUGUCCCUGUGGCCGCAGGAGGCCAGCCUGCAGGAGGUGUGCUUAUGAGCGUGGAGUCCUCCCUGCCAGGGGGAGCGCAUCCAGCUUCAAGCCUCGCUUCCCGGCCGGCUGCCGCGGCAGCAUCCAGCAGGUUGGCCAGCGAGCCCGUUUCCGGAGCCGAGCUGCCGGUUUCUGCAGAUUCAGCCAAAGAGUUGGUGGACGCGGGGUUGGUGGGAUUGGAGAAGCAAGCACCCGAUCCAGGAAAUGAGCGAGGGCGUCCAGAAGGGAGCCUUGGGGACAUUCCUGUCCCACCCCUCCAGGAGAAAGGGGAGCUCCCCACCAGGGAGCAAAGGUGCACAGCCCCACCAGGGGGGCCGCCCCCUCCCCCUCCCAGCACAUCAAGCGAAAGUUCCAGGAGCCCACUGGGGCCGAAGGGUGGCGCUGAGGCUCCUGAAGAUGCUGAGAGCCCAGCAGGGGCCCAAGCAGCAAGCAGACCCCCUGCAGACGACCCGAGGGCACGGGAAGAAGCCCCAGAGCCUUCUGGGGGGGCAGAUGCUGGGCCCCGGGGGGGACAGGAGUCCCAGGCCUUCCACUGCAAGCCUGAUCCGGAGGUGGAUGAAGAUGUGGCCUCGAAGGCAACGGGCGGUGCCGACAGCAGAGUUCCUGGCACAGACACAGACGCAGCCGGGCCUCCCAGAAGGGCAGAAGGGCCUGGGCAUCCACCAGCAGAGGCCGUGAGGCAGGUGACGGCUGAAACCCACACAGCCCAUGCAGCUGCCAUGCUGCACAGGCUCCGCGAGGAGGAGGGCCCUGCCCUGCCCCCUGCCCCGGAUGGAGCUAGUGAGUGCACUGUUCCAGAAGGAGCCAUCGGGGAGCAGCCGGGGUCACUGAGCAAAUGUCCCGACAUCCUUCAGGGCAAGGGAGGCUCAGGACCUGCGUUAGAAUCUGAGAAUCCAGCUUUGGCAGCAAGGCCCGCUGCAGAGGUUGUACCCGAGGCCCAGGAGGCGCGCGCUCCAGAAACCACGCUGACGGGCAGCUGUGACAGGGAGGGCUUGCCGAUCACACCCCUGGGCCAACCCCCUGGGCUGGGGUGUGGUGCAGCUGGACAGGAAGUUCAUGCUGAUGGGCCACCUCCCCGGGAUGGGGAGAACCCGACAGUGGCUCCUGGACUCACCACGCUUGACUUGGAGCGAGAUGGGCAGGAAGAUCCAUCCUACUCAGGCAACACCCAGACCAUAGGGGCCCCGUCGGAGAGGCCCCUGCCGUCUGCUAAAAGCCAUCUGGAGCCCUCCCGGUUGGACCCAGAAACACCGAUCUCUGAUGCGCUCAAACAGAAACCCCACCCGCCCGACAGUGGGAAAGAGACUUAUCCCGGUGAUGCAGGCUUUGAGAAGCCCCUCGUACCUGUGGAACCUUGCGGGGCUGCGUGCUCACCUGCUCCCGGAGGACAGGAGCAGGCUGCUGGCUCAGAGCCCCCACGUGAGCCCCCCGAGGGCAGUGUGUCUCAGGGUCCAAGUUCAUCUCCCAGGAACGCAGAUCCAGAGAUUUCUCCUGCCGAGGACUCAGAGUCGGCCGCCCCCAUAGAACAGAAGCUGCUGGUGCAGGGGGCAGAUGAGCAAGAGGGAGCAGGCAGAGGGCAGCCCUCAGGGGUCCCGCCUCCUGCAGAGCACGCCUUGGAAGACUCCAGUCUCGCAGGCGAUGUGAAUGGAAAGGAAUAUGACCAUGCUGGGCAGGGGCAGGACAAGCCCCGGCAGGACCUGGCCGAUGCUUCGAGAGCAGGCGGCUGGCAUGAAGAAGCACGUCCCAGGGAUGUGGGAGUCUCUGAAGCUGCUGUGGCUUGGCCCGGGCUCCCAGGCUUGGGCGAGCCGGAGAUGGUAAGCAGUAGCGCUCAUGCACUUGACUCGGGGACCCUCCCAGGGGCAGCUCCCUGCUUGCCAGCCCCAGUGGCUGCCAGCCCCACUGUCACGCCCCCUCAACCUGCGUGUGAUGAAACCCAGCAAGGCAGGCGGCAGCCAGUGCCGGCCCCAUGGCUGGAGAUGGAGCAGCUUCCGGGCUCCGUCGCGCAGGCCCAAAAGUUACCUGGAAGUUUCUCAGCAAGCGAUGAAGGUGGGGCUGCAGAGAGCAGUGGGAAUGCUGACGGCGACCCAGGGGUGCAGCGGGCUCCCCAGGACCCAGGAGAAGAUGCUGGCAAUGGCAGCUUCCUCCAGUCUGACCCCUGCCUCACCCCCCAGGAGGGAGCAUCUACCUUGGCCCUCGGUGCACCCUGCCAGGCUGAGCAGCCCACAUUCAGCUGCCAGGAUGCCUGGCUGCCAGCCAGAGAGCUGCGUGGGGCUCCCAGGAGUGCAGUGGAUACGUCUGCCCAGCAGGCUGUGCCCAACCCUAAGGGGCUCCUGCCGUGUGCGCCCCCUGUGGAGGCUGCUCUCCACACUCCUUAUCUACAUAUCGAUGGUGCAGCCGGGAAGGGAGCAGAAGAUGGCGGGGUGAAAGCUGCCUCCUGGGAGACCGGUCCCAGAACUCCUGCCGAAGUCGCCUGUCCCCUAGGGGGGCCCCUGCUUGCCAAGGAAGACGCCAUCUCCGUGAAGCUCUCUGCUGGCUCCUGCACCUCCCUCUUGCCACCGGGAGCUGCAGGUGAGGAAGUCUCUAAAGUGCAACCCAGCAGCGAAAGCCCCGAAGCUGGAGCCACUGAGGCCCCCCUGGGUUCCAUGCCCUACCUGGACAGGCUGCUGCUUCCAGCCAAGGCUCAGCAGACAGCAGGGCAGGAGAGAACAGCGGCCACUCCGGGUGUAGAUGCUGAGGCCAGUGAGACCCCAGCGUGUCCUGCCAGUGCAAGCGGGGCAGCAAGAGAGACAGAGGGCAGCAGGGAGAGGACAGGAGCCUCCCGGGACCUGAAGAGGAGCACAUCAGGUGGUGUGGACGUAAGCUCCAAGCAGAGCAGCGCCAUCACCGGGCUCCCUGACUUCAGGGAGCACAUCACCAAGAUCUUUGAGCAGUCCGUGCUGGGCGUCCUGGCCUCCGAGCGGCCCCGGAGUGCGCCCGCAGGAAAACCAGGAGCUGAGAAGUCUGUGCUGGGCAAGGACUCCACCAUGGCACUCAGCCCAGAGAAGCUUCUAGAUGGGACUCAGGGUGUGGCCAUUCCCUCUCUGCCUGCACUUCCUGCUGGGUUCUACAUGGAGAGGAAGCAGGAGUUGGCUGAGAUGUCCCUUCUGGUUCCCCAGGAUCCAGCUCCAGACAAGCUGCUGGGUCUCAGGGUACCCGCCUCUGAGCAGAACCUGCCAGGUGCUGGGGUGGGGGAGGUGACGACAGGUGUCCCACCCACAGCGAGGGGAAGCGAGGGGCCAGAGGGGGCUGGGGAAGGCCAGGCUCACUCCCAGUCAGGGAGCGAGGGGCAGGCAUCAGCUUCAGGCCCUUCCUCUUGGGGGACCUGUGCGGAGAGAGCUGCUGACUUGCAGGUGGCUCCCACAAGCCACAGAGAAGCCUUGGCUCAAGCCGAUAGACCUCCUUCCGGAGAGCAGCACCAGGAGACUGCCUGUGACGGGCAACACAGAGAAGACGGUCCCCAGGAGCCUGCUCGCCCAGAGGGUCCAGGCAACGUGCCCAGCUCCACACAUGCCCCGGACAUCUCUUCUCCCCGUGGGGACGUUCUGACUGGGCCUGAGGCCAGUGAUGAGGCCUGGACCCUGGACACACUUGGAGGUGAGAGGAGGCCUGGAGGUGUUGCCAGCAUCGCAGAAGGGCAGAAUGUCCCCGGGGAGCAGAGUGCCCCAGAGCCACCAGCUGGAGAAGUGCUGGGCACUGCCUUGGAGCCUGGCAGAGUGGCAGGAGCUGCUGCGGAAGCAGCAGGUGACAUCAUCUUGAGCCCAGGUGAGACACGGGCACGUGCCUCAGGUGACCUGCCCGAAACAGGUCCUACAGGGGUGCUCUCUGGGUCAGCUUGUGACACAGCUCUGCCAGGGAGCCGUCGGGACCCAGGCUUCCCUGAUUCGGUGCAACCCAUGGAGGAUGCAGCCGCCUCGCUCGGGGACAGCCCAGCUGGGCACCAGCAGGCUGAGGAGCAGCCGAGGCGUGAGCACCCCACUCCGGCCGCAGACAGGAAGGUGUGUGUCUCUUCACCUCCAGAACUUGGCAACAUGCAGGACCAGCCGCUGCCACCCCUGGUUCCAGAAGAGCUCCAGGCUGCCAGGAGUUCUGACUCUGAAGAAGCAUUUGAGACCCCGGAGUCAACGACCCCCGUCAAAGCUCCACCAGCCCCACCCCCACCGCCCCCCGAAAUCAUCCCUGAACCUGAGGUCAGCGCACCACCACCCCCGGAAGAACCAGGAUGCAGCUCUGAGACAACUUCUGUCGCCGAUGGCCCCCGGCACGACUCGGUGGAAGGCAGCCCUUUCCGUCCUCCCUCGCACUCCUUCUCGGCCGUCUUUGAUGAAGACAAGCCGAUAGCCAGCAGCGGCACGUACAACUUGGACUUCGACAGCAUCGAGCUGGUCGAUUCCUUUCAGAGCUCGGAGCCUCGCUCCCCAGACGCCAAGGCCCCGGAGUGCCCCGGGGGUUCGCGGAGGAAGUCCACGGACUCCGUGCCCGCCUGCAAGUCCUCACUGCCCCGCUCCCUCAGCCUGCAAGCUGGUGACUUCGAUGGCGCUUCCUGCGCGGCUGGUCCCGAGGCCGCGGCCCUCGCCCCAGAUGCCUACGGCACGGGUUCCAGCAGUGCUUCCAGUACCCUUAAGCGAACUAAAAAGCCCAGGCCACCGUCCUUGAAAAAGAAACAGACCACCAAGAAGCCCACGGAAACCCCCCCAGUGGAAGAGACGCAGCCGGAGCCAGCCGGCGAGGGCCCCGUCCUCGCCAAGGAGCAUGUAGCAUCCGAGACAAAAACGGAGCCAGCCAAGCCUGAGGGUGCUCGAUCAGCCUCGUCGGAGGAGAGCCCCCCGGAACCUGCCGCCUGCCCGCCGGACUGCGAGGGCGUGGAAGGAGCCAGCGCCCCGGCCUCGGCGGGCGGCAGAGUGCAGAACUCGCCCACCGUGGGGAGGAAAGCCUUGCCUGCCAGCACGGCCCCCGAGGCGGCGGCCGUGACCCCCGCGGAUAGUGGGGGCACAGGGGACUCCCCAGCCAGAGGGCUCUCGGUGAGGCUGGAGUUCGACUACUCUGAGGACAAGGGUGGUUGGGACAGCCAGGGUGACGGCACGCCUGCUAGCAAAAAGACAGGCAAAAAACCGGUCGCCAAGAUGCCCCUACGGAGGCCAAAGAUGAAAAAGACCCCCGAGAAACUCGACAACGCUCCUGCCUCACCCACCAGCUCCCCCGCCGAGCCCAGUGACAUCCCUAUGGCCAAAGGUACCUAUACCUUUGAUAUUGACAAGUGGGAUGACCCCAACUUUAACCCUUUUUCUUCCACCUCAAAAAUGCAGGAGUCUCCCAAACUGCCCCAACAAUCCUACACCUUUGACCCAGAGGCCUGUGAUGAGUCCGUGGACCCCUUUAAGGCGUCCUCUAAGACCCCCAGCUCCCCGUCUAAGUCCCCAGCCUCCUUUGAGAUCCCAGCCAGUGCCAUCGAAGCCGGUGCGAUGGACGGGGACGGGCUCAACAAGCCCGCCAAGAAGAAGAAGACGCCCCUCAAGACUGACACAUUUAGGGUGAAGAAGUCGCCAAAGCGGUCUCCUCUCUCUGACCCACCUUCUCAGGACCCCACUCCGGCUGCGACGCCGGAGACACCGCCGGUCAUCUCUGCCGUGGUCCACGCCACAGACGAGGAGAAGCUGGCAGUCACCAGCCAGAAGUGGACGUGCAUGACGGUGGACCUGGAGGCCGACAAGCAGGAUUUCCCGCAGCCCUCGGACCUGUCCACCUUCGUCAACGAGACCAAGUUCAGUUCCCCCACAGAGGAGUUGGAUUACAGAAACUCCUAUGAAAUCGAAUACAUGGAAAAAAUCGGCACCCCCUUACCUCAGGACGAUGACGCCCCGAAGAAGCAGGCCUUGUACCUCAUGUUUGACACUUCUCAGGAGAGCCCCGUCAAGUCUCCUCCUGCCCGCGUGUCGGACUCGCCGACGCCGUGUUCAGGGUCAAGUUUCGAGGAGACUGAAGCCCUUGUGAACACCGCGGCAAAAAUCCAGCAUCCUGUCACACGCGGGCUGGCCCCCAGCCAAGAGCCACCCAUGCAGGCGCCCGAGAAACCCUCCCAGAAGGAGCUGGAGGCCAUGGCCUUGGGCACCCCUGCAGAGGCGGAUGACAUUACAGCUCCUGAAGCUGCCUUUGCCUCCGCUGACGCCCUGCUCAGCAGGCUGGCCCAUCCCACCUCUCUCUGCGGCACGCUUGACUGCCUGGAGCCCGACUUAGCAGAAAAGAACCCCCCAGUAUUUGCUCAGAAGCUACAGGAGGAGUUAGAGUUUGCCAUCAUGCGGAUAGAAGCGCUGAAGCUGGCCAGGCAGAUCGCCCUGGCUUCCCGCGGCCGCCAGGAUGCCAAGCGGGAGGCUGCUCACCCCACAGACGUCUCCAUCUCCAAGACAGCCUUGUACUCCCGCAUCGGGGCCUCGGACGUGGAGAAACCUGCAGGCCUUCUGUUCCGGCAGCCGGACCUGGACGCCGCACUCCAGAUGGCCAGAGCAGAGAUCAUAGCCAAGGAGAGAGAGGUCUCCGAGUGGAAAGACAAAUACGAAGAGAGCAGGCGAGAAGUGCUGGAGAUGAGGAAGAUCGUGGCCGAGUACGAGAAGACCAUAGCACAGAUGAUCGAGGACGAACAGAGGGAGAAGUCGGUCUCCCACCAGACGGUGCAGCAGCUGGUCCUGGAGAAGGAGCAGGCACUGGCUGACCUGAACUCGGUGGAGAAGUCUCUGGCCGACCUUUUCAGGAGAUACGAGAAGAUGAAGGAGGUCCUGGAAGGUUUCCGCAAGAAUGAGGAGGUACUGAAGAAGUGUGCGCAGGAGUACCUGUCCCGUGUGAAGAAGGAGGAGCAGAGGUACCAGGCCCUGAAGGUGCACGCAGAGGAGAAGCUGGACAGGGCCAACGCUGAGAUCGCCCAGGUCCGAGGCAAGGCCCAGCAGGAGCAGGCCGCCUACCAGGCCAGCCUGCGGAAGGAGCAGCUGCGCGUGGACGCGCUGGAGAGGACGCUGGAGCAGAAGAACAAAGAGAUCGAAGAACUCACCAAGAUUUGUGAUGAACUGAUCGCCAAAAUGGGGAAGAGCUAACUUUAAACCAAAUGUUUGGACUUGACCAUUGCGUGCAAUAUGACCGUCGGCACACUGCCGUCUUCCAGUCACGUGGGAGGGUGGUUUUCACUUUUUUGUAUGCACUACUGUGUUUCCUUUCUAAAUAAAGUUGAUUUGAUUGUAUGCAGUACUAGGGAGACGAUCAGAAGUUCUUGCUAUUGGUUUGCAUUUUCCUAGACUCAUUCAUAGCAAGUUGACCUCAGAGUUCCUGUAUCAGGGAGAUUGUCUGAUUCUCUAGUAAAAGACACAUUUUGACCCUGGCUUUGCCCUUUGUAUCCAGGUUCCCAGGGUGAGCCCUUUCGACUUCAUAUGACAUGUACAGCGAGCAUAGGGACUCUUGCCUUAAGGAGUUAAACUUGAUCUGCAUUUGUUGAUUUGUUUAAAAAAAUGCAUGUUUCAAAUAAAAUUCUCUAUUGUAAAUAAAUUUUUUUCUUUGGAUC